AUGGAUGAUGAAUUUGAUCUGGAAGAUCUUGAAAUUAAUGAUGAUGCAUACAUUGAAAAAGUAUGUGAGAAUGCAAUUGACUAUAGUGAAUAUUUUACAACCACAACUAUAUUUUCUACUAGAAAAGCCAUGCUUGAUUGGGUCAUAGAAGUUGGUAAAAUGCACAAUAUGGUCAUUAUCAUUGCUCGUUCACAAGUUAAGGUCAUAAAAGCUACCUUAACUUGUGAGAGAGCCGGAAAAUAUAGACUCAGCAAGUCUGGAGUUCCCGUGGAUGUGGAAAAAUUUACUGGAACAAAAAAAAUGAUGUGUCCUUUCAGACUUCAAGCAAAAGAGCAUGUUGGUGGUGGAUGGAGUGUGUUUGUCCGCCAUGGUAUACACAAUCAUAAACUUCCAGACUAUAAUGAGGGUCGUGCAAUUAUCAGCAAGUUGAGUAAAGAUGACCUAUCAUUAGUACAGGAGCUUUCAAAGUCUCAUGUGCAACCACAUCAAAUUAUGAAUAUUUUGAAAACAGUGAAUAAAAAGACUCUGAUUACAGUGAAGCACAUAUACAAUGCCCGUCAAAAGUUUAAAACAGAGUCACUGGGAGGUCGAUCUGUGAUGCAACAACUUAUGAAACUAAUUGUUGAUAAUGGCUACAUUCAGUGGCAUCGGGAAGAAGUAGGCACAGAUGUGGUAAGGGAUAUAUUUUUUGCACAUCCUAAUGUAAUUAGUAUGCUGCGUUUAUUUCACUACGUUUUGAUAGUUGAUUGCACCUACAAGACAAAUAAAUAUAAAAUGCCUUUUUUAGAAAUAGUUGGCAUGGUUCCCACUGGUAAAAAUUUUGCUAUUGGAUUUGCUUGGUUAAAAGAUGAACAAAGAGGGAGUUAUGAAUGGGCUCUUAGUUAUGUGUGUUAG